AUGGACCCUGUUUCUGACAUUCCCCAUAAAACUCCCUCACCUGAACCCGAGUACGAAACUAUAGCAACUCUCCCGAUCGCUACUCCUUCCCAGCGUUUUACACAGCCGACUCAACUCGUCGACAAUCCCUACUCGCGGAAUACUGUUAUCCAAGUCGCCGCUUCUUCGCCUACCGGUCCUGCUUCUUCCCCUCCUCGAAAGCCUCAACCGCAAGGAGGCUUACUCUCAUCUUUGAUUGCCCCCUCAGGAACCCAGUUCCGCCCUCCCUCCGCCGGCCCUGCCAAAAGAAAGCCGGUAUUCGAUCUUGACGACGGUCCAACCUAUCGCGGCGGUUCGUCUGAGGACGAGCAACACUGGCGCAGCACAGAUAUCAAACCGGCCAUGUUUGAAAAAACCGUUCGCAGCCCCGAAAAAGAAAAAGUCAUGGAGUCCCCUGUCCGCCCCGACGCCGGUCCAAUGGAUCGGUUUCGCGAAAUUACUGCCUCGGCAAUGUACGAUCCCAAGUCUGCUUCCAUGAAGCGCUCUGCAGACGAGAUGGGUGACUCGAACAUGAAGGGCGUCGCUAUGAAGAGAGUUCGACAGGAUAUGCCCUCCCGCGCACAGCCCGUUGCCUUUGCAUCGACCCCCGAUAUUACCUUCAUCCAAGAUUACCGAUUGCGCAUCAAGGUCGAGCGCAUUCUCAAGAUUAUGCCUCAUAUUCCCGUACAGAUGAUUAUUGAUGCUGUUGUACAGGCCAAAGGUAAUUACGACGACGCCCUCAACCUUUUGGCCGACAGUGCCCCGACGAAUGGUGUCCAGACCGUUGAGAUUGAAUCGUCUGAAGAUGAAUUGGCUUCGCCAGCUACAACAGGUCCCAUCCCUGUGGCCAAGCAGAAGAUCAAGGCCCGUGGGACUAUCCACGACAAGUGGGCUGCUAUGAAUUUACCCACCAAGACGCAGGACUCCGAUGAGGAAAACAAGCCCCGGCGCCGUCUUGUUCGUGGUCCCAAAUCCUCUCGCACUGCCUCACCGGCUCGGCCCGUGAUAAUUGAUUCCGAUGAUAGUCCACCAAAGAAGACUCUUAACCGUCUGCAAAAGGGCCGCAGAAUGGCCUCCCCUCGCUCGGAAUCCCCCGAAGCCAUGAUGAGUGAUUCAGAUGAUUCAGAUGUUCGGAUUCAGGAACCUACCGCUGGCGGACUGGAUUCCAAGGUCUUGAAAUUCUUCAACACUUGCGCCGUUCGUGAUUUGGCUGAUAUUGCGGCGAUUCCUGAGGAACAGGCCCAAAUCAUCAUCAAGAGCCGUCCCUUCCAGACUCUUGAUGAUGUUCGCGUUGUUUCUGCUCCUGUUCCAGAGACCACCAAGCCCAAGGGUAAGCGGGGCGGUAAAGCCCCUAAGCCCAUUGGCGAGAAGAUUGUUGACAAGUGUGUCGACAUGUGGACUGGCUAUAUGGCUAUCGAUGCGCUGGUUGCUGAAGUAGAGACGAUUGGUGCACCCAUCACUGCGGAAAUGAAGAAAUGGGGUGUCGACAUGUUUGGCAAGAAGGAAGGCGAGCUCGAGCUCACUAAGAUCCCCAACCCCAAGUCACACGAUUCAGGCAUCGCAACUCCCUCGUCUGAUCACCAAUCAGCUGACGAGGACGACGAAGAUUCGCUGGUCCCGAUGCGCAAGUCCCGGUUCAUCGGUCAGCCUGCUAUCAUGGCAGAUGACCUUGAAAUGAAGGAUUACCAAGUGGUCGGAAUCAAUUGGCUUUCACUUCUCUUUGAGCAGGAAUUGAGCUGUAUCCUAGCUGAUGACAUGGGUCUGGGCAAGACUUGCCAGGUCAUUGCGUUCUUGGCCCAUCUCUUUGAGAAAGGCAUCAAAGGACCUCAUCUGAUUGUGGUGCCAUCUUCUACCAUUGAGAACUGGCUCCGUGAAUUCCAGAAGUUCUGCCCGGCCCUCUCAGUUAUGCCUUAUUACGCCGGUAUCAACCAGCGUGCCGAGAUUCGAGAGCAGAUCGAGGACAACCGCGAUAACAUCAAUGUUGUCAUUACCACUUAUACAAUUGCAAAGGCGAAGGUCGAUGCUAAGUUCCUUCGCGAUGUUGAUUUUACUGUUUGCGUUUACGACGAGGGUCAUAUGUUGAAGAACCAUCAAUCUCAGCUCUAUGAAAAGCUCAUUCGCAUUCCUGCCCGCUUCCGACUCCUUUUGACUGGUACGCCUCUUCAGAACAACCUGCAGGAGCUUGCUUCUCUUCUCGGUUUCAUUCUACCGUCUGUGUUCCGUGAGCACAAGGAAGAUCUCCAGGCCGUCUUUGCAACCAAAGCAAAGACCAGCGACGAGUCCCACGCAACCUUGCUCUCGGCUCAACGUAUCGAGCGCGCCAAGUCCAUGCUCAAGCCAUUCGUUCUUCGACGCAAGAAGCACCAGGUCAUUGAUCUCCCCGCCAAGCAUUCCCACGUCGGCUGGUGUGAGAUGAAAUCCUCCCAAAUCGAUAUUUACGAGCACGAAAAAGACCAAGUUCGCCAACUUCUCGCAGACCGCGCAGCCGGCAAGAAGACCGGCUCCAAGUCUGCCAACAUCCUCAUGAAGCUCCGCCAAGCAGCCAUCCACCCGCUCCUCGCUCGCCGCCACUACACAGACGAGAUCCUCCAAAAGAUGUCCAAAGCCUGUCUCAAGGAAGACAAAUGGUCCCUCUCUGACCCAAAAAUCAUCCUCGAAGAACUCCUCCCCUACAACGAUUUCGAAUGCCACCACAUGUGCGUGGAGAACCCCAACUCCCUGGGCAAAUUCAAACUCAAGAACGACGAAUGGAUGGACUCCGGAAAGGUAGAACACCUCCGCGAGCUCCUCACCCGCUUCAUCGCCAACGGAGACAGAACCCUCAUCUUCUCCCAAUUCACCAUGGUAAUGGAUAUCCUCGAACACGUCCUGGAAACCCUCAAAAUCGAAUUCGUCCGUCUAGACGGCCGCACCAACGUCGAAGACCGCCAAUCGAUCCUAGACGCCUUCCACGAGCGUGAGGAGAUCCCCGUCUUCCUCCUCUCCACGAAGGCCGGUGGCGCGGGUAUCAACCUGGCCUGCGCGAACCGCGUCAUCAUCUUCGACUCGUCAUUCAACCCGCAGGAGGACGUCCAAGCGGAGAAUCGGGCUCAUCGUGUUGGUCAGACUCGCGAGGUGGAGAUUUAUCGCCUUGUUACUCGUGGUACGAUCGAAGAGCAGAUCUACGCCCUCGGUCAGACUAAGCUUGCGCUUGAUCAGGCUGUUGCGGGCGAGGACGAGGCUGGUGCUAAGAAGGGUGAGGAGGCUGGUAUGAAGGUUGUUGAGGGGAUGAUGAUGGCUGAAUUGCAGAAUGGUAAUGGGUCUAAGGAUCAGGUGGUGGAGGUUGAGUAA